UAGGAUAAAAAAACAUGAUAUGCUUGUGUUUUAUGAUCACAGGUAAAAAGAAUGUUAUUGGAUCCGAACCAGGACCGGUUCUAUCAUGGGCGCAACGAGCGAAGAUUGCCCUAAGUGCUGCAACUGGGCUUGAGUUCCUCCACGAGAAGGCUCAGCCUUGCAUUGUCCACACUUGCAUCAAGUCAAGCAACAUACUUCUCUUUGACGGCGACGUCGCAAAGAUUGGCGGCGUUGGUGUCUCCAGACAGCACCAAUACAUACAUGAUGGUGGACUGGAUCGUAUAUAUCCUCUUCCCAGUUGCGGUUAUGAUACGCCUGAGUCUAAAAUGACUGGUCAAUUUAGCACAAAAGGCGAUGUCUUCUGCUUCGGUGUCGUGCUGCUGGAACUUUUAACAGGUCGGAAGGCAUUUGAUCGUACAUUACCCCGUGGCCAGCAAACACUCGUGACAUGGGCUACACCAAAACUUAGCGAAUCCAAAGUACAUCUAUGUGUCGAUGGGAGGCUUGGAGGAGAUUACCCUCCCAUGGGUGUCGCCAAGAUGGCCGCAGUCGCAGCGCUCUGUGUUCAGUACGAGGCAGACUUCCGGCCAGACAUGAGCGUCGUCGUAGAGGCUCUGACGCCGCUGGUGAGGCCUCUCAGGAACAAUCAGUUCCAUCCCAUCAAAGAUAUAAAAAUUCAUUCAAACCAGUCGGAAAUUGUUAUGAGAUCAGAGCUGAAGGCACACAAUAGUGUAUCCAAGGUAAUGAUUCAAACGGGAUGGACAUGGGAUGACCGUUUCGACCUGAUUUUGCCCGUCGGGACUAGACAGGAUAAUCCGGAGAUCACCUGGCUGGACGUGCGGGGUGAACGGAACCCAUCGGGAGACUGCAGUCCAUACGUACUAUAUGAGGAUCAGGAGACCGACGAGAAUAUGUACUGCUUCAGUGCUGCUUCAGCUAUAAAAGCGGGCGGGCCACCGGUAGUGAUUGGCCUCACAGCCGGGAUAAGUGGUUAUUCUGUUUUAGCCUGGUACGGGACAAACGAGUUCAGCAAAUGGGAUAUGCAGGAUUAG